UCGAGCAGUUGUAGAAAAUUGCUUGCGUGCCCACAAUGACAGCCAUGGACGCUCGUUUCACGAGGUCAAUACUCGUGAUCAAUCCGAACACCACAAAAGCUAUGACAGAUGGACUUGUCCCGCUCGUUGAUACGCUGGGUUUUCACACUACACGAUUUGAAUACUUUACUGCCCCUGGCGGAGUGCCUUCAAUCAACAAUGAAGAAGAUGCUGCCAAAUCAGCCGAGUCCUGCCUGCCUGAGUUGAAGAAACGACUGGACGACUACGAUGCUUUCCUCGUCUGCUGUUAUUCCCAGCACCCUCUGGUCCCUCAAUUACGGCAGGCGCUGAAAGAUUCCGGCCUUCAGAAACCCGUGACUGGGAUUUUCGAAGCUUCUGUAGCGACAAGCUUGCAAGCCAUCGACCUUGACCAGAAAUUCGGCAUUGUGUCAACAGGCUCGCAGUGGGAAGAGAUUCUAGGUGAUGCUGUGACGGCUUUGCUUGGUGGAAGUUCUGGCAGGUAUGCGGGUUGCCGGACUACUGGAUUGAACGCCGAUCAGCUCCAUACUGCCCCAAAGGAUGAGGUCGAUCAGAAGAUGAAGGUCGCCGCGAAAAAGCUGCUGGAAGAAGGUGCGAAAGCUAUUUGUCUUGGGUGUGCUGGUAUGGCCGGUAUGGACCAGACUGUUCGUGAUGCUUGUAUCGAAGCCCUUGGUGAGGAAGAAGGCCGCAGAAUCAAGAUAUUCGACGGAGUGGUUGCUGGCGUCGCAUUUUUGGAAGGCGCUCUGAGGUCUGGAUUGUGACGAAGUCUUUAGUUUCUCCCUCCUCGUAACAUCGGCAGUAAUCACGUGUCGUGUCUCAGACAGCUAUCUCUAACGUCCUUGCCUCCUUUGCUAACACCAGGAGUGCGGGAUGCCGCUGUUGCAGCGAACAGGCUGAUCAAGAAGCAAUCUUGCACUUGGCAUACCAAUCAUACUCAAUCAAGAUCCAUCGGGUCGCCCUCCACAUCCGACUCGUCAUCCACAUCCAUCGGAUCCCAACUCGGAUCCCUCUCCUCCGGAGUCAGCAGCGUCGCUCUAAAACACCGUUCCAGAACUUCAUUAUCCUUAUCCCAAGGACUCCAUUCCCUCAACACCUUCCAAACUUGAGGUCCGCAACGUUUCCUCGCCUCAUACCGCUCCACAUUCUCGCGCAAAAGCUUGUCAUAAUCUGAAUACGCAUGGCGAACAUGUGCGACGAUGAUACUGGUGAUUCUGCGCGAGUUGGCAAAUUUGGAAACACUUAAGUUGUAUGUGAAACCUUUGUCGAUGAUAAUGUCGAGGACGCGUUCUAGCGCGAGAUCCGGGAUUCUUGGAAAGAGGUCGUUCACGGGAUCACGGUUCCAUUCUCUUUUUCUGAGCUUUUGCUCCUCUGGUGGCAGAUGGGCCAGGUCUUCGGGCUGCGGCAUGACAUUUCGAAGUGGUAGGUGAAGAUUGCAAGUCGGGG